CCACACCGUAUCCAGUUAUGUAUAGAGAUCGUGGUUAAAUCGGAACGACUUUCUAUGCUGUCCAAGUUUUAUGCGCGACUCGGAAUAUGAAUGCAAUUUACGAGUGAUACAUUGCGAGAUAAUCCGAUGUAGAUUUGUUUAAAUAGUACAAAAAUAUCGGAAAAACUGUACAGAAUAAUUUCGGUUAUCAAAUAACCUAUAUACGUCUUUAUGCUUGAAAAACCUAAGAAGAAUGUUGAGCACGGGAAGACGCCUCGUACGACUCGCAAGGAGUGUUAAAAACUUGCAUCAAGACAGUCGGAGAUCCGUACCUUCAAAGUUUGAAACCUUGCCAAUUUUCCAGUAUCCGCUAAGUCAGGCAGAUGACCGCAGAGUGUACGUGUGGGGCCUCGCCGAGCAUGGUGCUCUUGGUGACUCAAAAGCAUUGAAGGUCUCAUACCUCUCGAAGCCGAAAAGAUUGUCGUUUGCUGAGCGGCAUAAAGUCGUAGAUAUUGCUUGUGGAUAUGGCUUUACGGCUUAUGCUGUGCAUUCUUCAGAUAAGAAUAUUGUUUAUGGCACUGGCAUAAAUACAGAUUCACAACUUGGUUACAACCUUGAUGAGAAAAUACAUAAUAUGAUAUUUCUUCCAAGGCCAAUAACGUUGCCGUUGCAUAAUACCUCGAGCAAAGUUAUAGGUAUGGCUGCUGGAAGGGCACACUUAUUAAUAUUAACGACAGAAGGUCUAUUUACAUUGGGUAAUAAUGCAUAUGGCCAAUGUGGCAGGCCAAUUAUACUGAGUGAAAAUUAUGAGAAAAGUAUGGUUGUGCAUUGUAUACCUGAUGUUAAAAAGAGCAAAAUUAUUGCUGUGACAGCCGGCCAAGAUCAUAGCAUACUGUUGACAGAGACAGGUCAAGUGUACACGUUUGGUUGGAGUGCUGAUGGACAGACUGGUCUUUCACACUAUCAAAAUGAAUAUCGACCAAGUUUGGUCAAGGGUGACCUGGCAGGACAGCGUAUAAUCAAGGUUGCCUGUGCCGCUGAUUGUGUAUUAGCUCUUAGUGAUAAAGGGAAAGUGUACGGUUGGGGUAAUUCAGAGUAUGGUCAAUUACCAGCCAGAGGAGAUACUUACCAAAUAAACGUUGCCACAGAAUUGGAUACGCAGGAAUUAGGACACAUUACAGACAUUGCGGCAGGUGGAAGUUUUUGCAUGGUUUUGAACAAUGAUGGUAAUGUCUACGUAUGGGGAUAUGGAAUACUCGGUCUUGGACCUCAAGUACAGAAAGUAUUAAAACCAACCAUGAUUCCUCCUACAUUGUUUGGCAAUAACAUAUAUAAUCGUGAUAUCAAGGUAACAAAUAUAUAUUGUGGGAUUGGUCAGCUAGCGGCGCUAACUAAUUCGGGAGAUUUAUACAUGUGGGGUUGCAAUAAAUUUGGAUCUUUAGGACUAGGACAUACAAAGGAUCAAUUUUUUCCUUUAAGGGUUGCAGUAGGAGCUCAAGUGAGAAAGAUUGCCUGUGGAGUGGAUCAUACAGUGACACUUUGUAAACCUUUCAUUUAAAAGAACAACACUACAUAUUUAUUAUCAAUUUAUUUGUAAGUAAACUUCCUAAUACUUCGUUAUUUUAACAAGUUCAAUGUCAUUAUACAAAUGCAGUGACUUGAAAAUAUUUUGCAUGCCUAUCACAAAAGGGCAGUAUUAAGAUAUUUACAAUUCUAAUUCUAAUUUGACAAAUAUUGAAACACAUUUAUCUUGUUUGUUAAAAAAAUUGGCUUAUGUAAUAUUCUUGAUAUUGUUUAUUACAAAAAUAUGUAUAUCAUACUUGGGAUUAAAACCAACAUAUUCAGUAUGUU